AUGUUCAAGAAGUGGAAGGAUAAGAUCAAGGGCGAUGAUAGCUCUUCAAGAACGUCAUAUGGAACAGACGACCACAACCGAAACUCGAACAACCCCUACUACAACUCACCUCAAGAACAGCAACAUAACAUAGCGCCAACGGAGAAGUAUCAGGCCCCUCCUGGCCCGCCGCCGAACCAGGCUUCAUCCUCAUCGAAGUCUGAGUACUCCGCUCCUCCAGGACCCCCACCAAGCCACGGAUCUUCGUCUUAUACUGCUCCCUCCGGACCUCCGCCUAAACACGAGUUCUCAGGCUACGCACCUCCAGCAGGACCGCCUCCUUCAUACCCGCAGCAACCGCCUCCUAGUUGGGAUCCUCCGCCAUACCACGACUGGACUGUCAUCCCUGAUACUGCACUUCUCCCUCCACCACCGUCAAUGGGUUACGAUAGUUCUCCCACUGCUAACGCAUCUACUGCGGAAGGUGAUCGUGCCUUGGCUUGGACAAACAUGAAUCCUCUCUGGCCACCACAAAACCUCCAGCCUAGCACUCAUGCUGCGAUUCAGAAUGGCCAACUAGCUCUGCUGAAAGCGCCGUCGUAUCUGGGUGAUCUACUCCCUCAACCUCAAGCAGGUCACUGGCGGUGUCGCACCCAUGCGAAGUGCAAGGAUUCGAGCAUCCUCACAAAUCUGCCCAUGUAUAGCGUGUUCUGGGACUCACCGCUCAACACACAAUGCUCCAAGACUAUCUACUUCGAGCUAAAAGUCCUCGGCAUAGGUCGCGGUGGCUUCUCAUUCUCAGAAGCAGAGGCCGGCAUUGCGAUAGGCUUCGUCGCACCACCGUAUCCUACAUUCCGUCUCCCGGGUUGGGAGCGUGCCAGUCUUGGUGUACAUGGCGAUGACGGGAGAAAGUACGUCAACGAUGCAUGGGGCGGCAUCGACUUCACCUCGGCCUUCAAGCCCGGCGAUACUGUGGGUAUCGGUGUCACCUUUUCAGUUCCCCGGAAUCCGCCUUCGUAUGAGCAGUCGCAGCAGGGAAGGAUGCUGGAUAUCGAUGUUUUCUUCACGCGUAACGGGGUGAAAGAAGGCGGCUGGGAUGGCAACGAGGAGCUCGACAUCAGGAGUGAGGGAGGUAACACUGGGCUGAGAGGAGAGUGUGAUCUCUUCCCUGCGAUCGGUGUGUUUGGUGGUGUGGAUUUCGAUGUCUUCUUCCAUCCAUCGCAGUGGCUCUACCGCCCAUACUGA